AUGGCGGUGACACGCGCUCAGAUUCAGCAGCAUAACAGCCGCCAGUCCUGCUGGGUUGUCAUCCACGGGGCCGUGUACGAUGUGACGGAAUUCCUGGACGAGCACCCCGGUGGCGCAAAGGUGAUUUUGCGAUGCGCUGGAAGAGAUGCGACCAGCGAUUUCGACUCCGUACACUCGCCCGAGCUGCUCGCAGAGGCACUGCCAGAAUCCGCGCUACGUGGGCACAUUAAUGCGGCUGAGCUGGCAGAGUGUGCGGAAGCAAAAAGCGAGACGAAGACCAGCAAUCACCCAUCACAGACAGAAAAUAAUGGUCCGCCACCGCUGAAUACGUUGAUCAACCUGCACGACUUUGAGCAGGUCGCUCAGCGUUACCUGACCCCCAAUGCCUGGGCCUACUAUGCCUCAGCUGCCGACGACGAGAUAAGCAAGCGGAAUAACGCAAAGGCGUACCAUAAGGUCUCUCUUCGACCUCGCAUCCUCAAAAGUGUUCAUAGUGUGGAUACUGCGACGUCCAUCCUGGGUCAUCGAGUCGCCCUGCCUGUGUACAUGUCGCCCGUGGGUAUCGCCAAGUAUGCGCAUCCCGACGGCGAAUGCGCACUUGCCGCAGCGGCGGGAAAGGAAGGGCUGGCACAGGUACUUGCCAACGGCUCCAGUAUGUCGGUCGAAAAGGUUCGAGCGAGUCGCGUUACCGAAGAUCAACCACUCUUUUUCCAGCUGUAUGUCAAUCGGGACAUUUCCAAGUCAGUCGAAGCCGUCAAACGAGCAGUCCAAGCCGGUGCCCGAGGUAUCUGGAUUACGGUGGACUCACCUGUGGUGGGCAAGCGCGAAAUGGACGAGAGGAUGAACCUCGAUGUGGCUGCCACCGAUAGCAAUGCCCAAGGCGAAGGCGUGGCGAAGAUCAUGGCCAGCUCGAUCUCCCCGUUCAUCGAUUGGGAGAUUCUCUCGUGGCUACGGGAUCUGACGGAUCUUCCGGUAGUAAUUAAGGGGGUUCAAUGUGUGGAGGAUGCGGUUCUUGCCUAUGAGCAUGGGGUUCAAGGCAUUGUGUUGUCCAACCAUGGCGGCCGCUCUCAAGAUACAGCACAAUCUCCCCUUCUGACUCUAUUGGAGAUCCGCAGAUUUGCACCACACCUCCUCGACGGGAAGAUGCAAAUCUUUAUCGACGGCGGCAUUCGCCGAGGCACCGAUGUUCUCAAGGCUCUUGCCCUAGGGGCUACGGCCGUCGGCCUCGGACGGCCAUUCCUAUACAGCUUGUCGUCGGGGUACGGAGAACACGGUGUACGUCGGAUGGUUCAGAUUCUACGACAGGAGAUCGAGGCCAAUAUGACCUUUUUGGGCGCCACCAGCUUGAAGGAGCUGCGCCCGGAAAUGCUCAAUACGAGUCGACUGGAGCGGGAUCUUGUUGGAAUGACCCUCUCCGGCAGCAUGUCAGACCACCAGGUUGAUGUUCUUCUGUAUGGGCUCGGAGCGAUCGGCUCCUUCUAUGCCUUCAUCCUCCAUCGCACCGGGCGUGUGAGACUGACGGUGGUCGCGCGAUCCAACUACGAGGCCGUGAAGGCGAAUGGAAUCACCAUCAACAGCGAAAAUCAUGGGCAACACACAUUCCGCCCGUAUAAUGUGGUGAAAUCUCCUGCCGAGGCAGGGCCCGUCGACUACGUCGUGUGCGCACACAAAGCCAUUGACCAGGAGGACGUGUCCGCGAAGCUGGCUCCGGUGGUGGAUCAGGCCCGGACAACGAUUGUCAUCAUCCAGAAUGGCGUUGGGAAUGAGGAGGCAUUCCGCAAACAGUUCCCAAAGAACUCUAUUUUGAGCUGUGUGACCUGGGUGGGCGCAAUCCAAAAUAGCCCCGGUAUCGUCAAGCACACCAAGUCGGAAGACAUGCAGAUUGGCCUUUUCCCAAACCCCCAGGUAGAAAACGCGACCGAGAAUCAGCGCCUUUUUACCUUUGUGGAGCUCCUCAAGCAGGGUGAGACCCGAUUUACCGUGCUCGAGGACAUCCAGCGCCAGCGAUGGGAAAAGGUGGUUUGGAACGCGGCCUGGAAUUCGCUGACGGCAUUAACUAUGGUCGACACCCAAACCUGGCUACACUCCUCGCCCGAUGCGGAGCCCUAUACCCGGCGAUUGAUGCGCGAGGUAAUCCAAAUCGCCCGUGGCUGCGGCGUGCCCUUGGCCGAUGAGCUGGUGGACCAGUUGAUGGAUCGCAUUAAUGCGAUGCCUGGCAUUGGCAGCAGCAUGCAGACGGAUUGCAAGAACGGACGGCCGAUGGAGAUUGAUGUCAUUCUUGGGUUUCCGGUGCGCAAGUCGCGCGAGCUGGGCAUCCCAGCGCCGUACCUGGAGAGUCUAUAUGUGAUUCUGCGCGCGGUCGAUGGCCGCAUCCGCGCGGCAUUGUAG